AUGACGGUCACAGUGCUCCCCGCAUGCAAACUAUUCCAUGGAGCGACAAUCAUCACAGUCAACCAAAAGCGAGAGAUCAUUCGCGAUGGAUAUAUCCUAGUCGAAGGCGACAACAUCACCGCCGUUGGGAAGUGCCCAUACCCCAAAGCUUUGCCACCUCAUACUAGUGAGAUCGAUUGUCGAGGCAAAAUCAUAAUCCCAGGGUUGAUCAAUACGCAUGCUCAUCUCGUUCAAUCCGUGCUUCGCGGGUUAGCCGAGGAUCUACCGCUACACAACUGGCUCUGCGAUGCGAUAUGGCCCCUCGAAGCUGUGUUCGAAGGCAAAGACGGGUUUAAUGCAGCACGCUUGACCAUGGCUGAGAUGCUAAAAACCGGCACAACCUGUUUCCUUGAUCCAAUGUUGACCUACCGAGCUGGGUUUGACCAAGUGUGUGCUGCGGCGGGUAUGAUGGGUAUCAGAGGUUGUCUUGGCAAACUAGUCAAAUUCACAGAAACAAACCGUCAACUCUCCAUUACCGACCCACGAGACAGAGAUCUCCUCGCCAUGUCAAUACCCGAGCUCCUAAGCUCGCACAAGAAACACCAUAAUAGCCACGACGGCAGAAUACACGUCUGGGCCGCAGCAGGGACACCGCGAGGCACAUCAAUCUCCCACUACCGUGAACUGGGCGAAACAUGUUCCCAUAACGGCAUCUCAGCCACAAUGCACUGCGCAGAGGCACCCAAAGAUCGCAUAAUCUACCGCGAUACAUACAACUGCAGUGCAAUGGAGUUCAUCCGCGAUGCCAAGCUUGUUCCCCAACCCAGCGAAUCUCCAACCGACCAAAGCACCUUAUCACAUCGUCUAGUCCUGGCUCAUAUGGUGAAUCUUGAUAACGACGUAGACAUCCCCAUACUAGCAGAGACACAAACAUCCGUGGCGCAUAACCCUACUUCAAAUCUGAAGCUAGCGUCUGGUGUUGCUUCCAUUCCAGCCAUGCUAUCCAAUCCUUUGCCUGUGAACGUCUCUCUCGGGACGGAUGGUGCGCCGUGCACCAAUCACUAUGAUAUGUUUCAGGAGAUGCACUUGGCGGGUAUCGUUCAUAAGGGUGUUAAUCAUGAUGCGAGUCUCAUUCCUGCCGAAGUGGCGUUGGAAAUGGCUACUGUUAAUGGAGCGAAGGCGCUAGGGUUGGAAGAUCAGAUUGGGAGCCUCGAGGUGGGUAAGAAGGGUGAUUUUGUGGUUAUGGAUCCGUAUGGCCGGGGUGGACUUGGUGCGGCGCCUUGGAGCGAUGAGAUCUUCAGUCAUGCGGUCAAUUCUGUUAUAACGGUUGUUCAUGGGUGUACUGGACGUGAUGUUGACAUGACGGUUGUUAAUGGGGAGAUUUUGGUGCAAGAUGGGAGGUUGGCCGUUGGAGGGCGAGAAAAGGAAAAGGAGAUUGUGCGCUUGGCUCAGGAGUCUGUGAAGGGGAUUUUAGAGCGGUGUAAUAGUGAUCGUGAGGAUGACGCUAAAGUGGGAGCGAGGCUUAUGAAGCCGUGGUCGUAUAUUUGA